AUGGCGGACGUGCAGGAGAUCUUGAAGAAGAAAUUCGGUGGUGCCGCUCCUUCGCGAACCGGUGGAAAGGGUACCCCGCGACACAAGCAAAAGCGAAAUGUCGCCCGAAGCGCCAACGACGACAAGAAGCUCCAAGCGACCCUGAAGAAGCUUAACACCCAGCCCAUUCAGGCUAUUGAGGAAGUCAACAUGUUCAAGAGCGAUGGAAAUGUCAUCCACUUCUCUGCUCCUAAGGUUCAUGCUGCCGUCCCCGCCAACACCUUCGCCAUCUACGGAGCAGGCGAGGACAAGGAGCUAACGGAGCUCGUGCCCGGUAUCUUGAACCAGCUCGGACCUGACUCGCUCGCCUCUCUCCGAAAACUGGCCGAGAGCUACCAGAGCAUGUCGAAGGAGAAUAAGGAAGCCGACGACGAUGACAUCCCCGAUCUGGUAGCCGGCGAGAACUUCGAGAGCAAGGUCGAAUAG